AUGUACUCCCGGGUACCAUCUACGCUCCGCCUAGCCCUUGACUCACUCCACCGCGUUGGUCCCCGCCAACCCCGCCUCACACGACAUUCCUCAAACAACCACACAAGCCCCAAAGCCAUGGAUGCAUACGCAGACCCUCACCGUCGCCCAAAGAAACUCAUCUGUAGGUCCCUUACUGGCCAAGAAAACAGCUCCUCCCCAACUCUAACAACCCUAGUUGCGCCGGGCGACAUAGCUCCCACCGGUCAACCCGCCGAGCCAACCUCUGAAACCGAACCCUCUCGCACCGAAACCUCGACUCCGGACUCAACAACAGAGACUCAGGUCCUUUCUGGCGCAGCUCGUGCGCACCAAUUCGGCACGAACCCCCUCUCACCAUCUCCCAAAUCCACGGCACAAACCCGCUCCACCAAUUCAACUCUUGCCUCCAUGCCCUCGGGCCGCGUCAGCGCCCGCGUCGUCUACCUCAAGGAGCUCGACGAGCGCGGCUGGGUCGUGUACAGUAACUGGGGCAGUCGCGAGGGCAAGGGAGGACAAGUAUUCGGCGGUGAAAAGGGCGUACUAGGCGCCAUGCCCGAGGUGACUACGGAAACAGGUAAUAAAUGGGGAGCGCUGACGUUCAGCUGGGCGAUUGUGGAGCGACAGGUUCGUGUUGAGGGUUUGCUUGAACCGCUUAGUCGGGAGGAGAGCGAGUUAUACUGGCGGACUCGGGAGAGGGGGUCUCAGAUUGGUGGGUGGGCGAGUUGGCAGAGUGCUGUUCUGUGGGAGGCGCAGGCUGAGGAGUUAGCUGUGCGGCAGCGGAGGAAGAGUGUGGCGAAGUUGCAGGAUGGGGAUGUGCCGGGGGAUAUUGAUUUGACGGAUGUUGAGGAUGGGAGGGCGUUGCUGGAGCAGAAGGUUAAAGAGAUGGAGGAGAAGUUUAGGGAUGUGGAGGAGAUUCCGCUGCCGCCUUUCUGGGGUGGUGUUAGGCUUGUGCCGGAGUCAGUGGAGUUUUGGCAGGGUAGACGGAGUCGUCUGCAUGAUCGAUUCAGAUAUAUACGUGAGGGUGAGGGAGAGGAUGUGAAGUGGAGGGUUCAGAGGUUGUCUCCAUAG